AUGUUGGAUGAUGCCAAGAUUCUGGAUAAACUUGGCAUCUGCCAUGAAUUUGCGAUAUGGAGGCUCCUUGUGAAUGGAAUACCCCCCAGGAAACCGUCUGACUUGAUUGUCAAGGAAAUGCUUUUUGACAGAGUGCCGGUGAUGGUCUGUUGUCCCAAAAGAGCAAGUCCAGAGAACAGACGAGGACUUGUCUGGAUCCACGGAGGAGCAGGCUUGUUUGGAAGCCCCCACUCCGCUGCGUGUUUGUGGGACUAUUGCUGCAUUUAUCUCUCAGGAACCAGUGCUGGGGUCAAUGAAAUUAUGGCCAAUGCCCAUGUCCCGCAGGAACUCAUGGCAAAGUAUCAGAAAUGGAUCAGUGCGGAACAUAUUCCGGAGGAAUUUAAAGGCCGGGGUUACGUGCCGUUUGUACCUGGUCCGUUUUCAGAAGAUCUUUUCCAAAAAUACAAAACAGUUUUCGACCCCAUAUUUUCCCCACUCCUGGCGGAAGACGCCGUCAUCCAGCAGUUUCCAGAGACUUUCCUUUUAACCUGCGAAUAUGACAUUUUCCGAGAUGAUGGCUUGCUCUAUAAGAAGAGGCUGGAAGACAAUGGUGUCCCUGUCACCUGGCUUCACCUCAAGGACGGAUUCCAUGGGAUCACCUUGCUGAUAGGUAUGAGGUCAAUCCAGUUUCCAAGUACGAGGAAGAGUAUGAAUAGUGUAAUCCAAUUCCUAGAACGAUUCUAGAAAUCAAACAGCCUCGUUCCUCUUCCUUGUUCAUCUAGCCCUUGCCUUACAGAUCUGGAUCUGAAGAGGUUGUACCCUAUAAUUUCAUCCAUCUGUCCUGCUUAACUAACCUGAAGAUGGUCCACCAACUCUUUGAAGAGACACAUCCUUGCCCUCUCCAGCUCUUUCAUAGCCCACCACUCAGGUAGCCUGGUGUCAGGCUGUGCAGGAAACUGUGGUUUUCCCUCUUACCCAAAAAACAGAAUUUCCCAUAUGACAGUCUAAGUGGCACCGAGGAACAGUUGGGAGAGUGGUCAGAUGUCUAACUUUUGCGCUCUCCUCCUCCCUAUAGUCAGGACAGUGGUUCUUUGGAAUAUCAAACUUGUGGAGAAUGUUGAACAUGACAGCACAAGGAAACAACAGCCCAUCACCAGCCAUCAACACCCCAAUGAACCAAUAGGAAGGCAUCACAUAAUUGCGACUCACAGAAUGGCCCAAAGUGCAUAUAGGUAGUCCUCGACUAACGAUAACAAUUGAGUCCAAAAUUUCUGUUGCUAAGUGAAUUUACC